GUAGCUAGCUCACUAGCGUUUGGAUGCAUGUCGCGGUAUGAGUGACAGCAAUCGGUUGAUUAAAGGCAAGUUAGGAGCGUUCCGAGAACAGAAACGACAUGCUGGAGUCGCAGCAGCUCCACUAUCACGGGGGCGGCAUAUCAAACGGUGGCGCGCAUGCCGCACAGGACCCGUUUGAAUUCAGACCAAUGAAGGUGGAGCCGGGCACGCUGUGUGCCUCCCAGGCUGAGGAGCUGGCCAUGCUGAGGGUGCGGGUGCAGCAGCUGGAGAGGGAGAUGGCCCGGCUGGAGGCCGAAAACCACCACCUCAAGGACCUGCUCGUCAAGGAGAUCCCUAGCAUUCUCUCCGCUGUGAGGCACACGCUAGCUCCCAACCCAAACACAGGACACGCCUCCAACCACAACCCAAACAACUGCCAUAACCCAAACACCUGUCACAACCCAAACACCUGUCACAACCCAAACACAGCCCACAACAACAACACGGGACACAACAACAAUACAGCCCACAAUAACAACAACAUUGGUCAUGGAUCCAACCAAUGCCACAACCCCAACACAUGCCACACCCCAUCUGCAGGCCCCGGUGGACCCGGCCAGCCAGACCUGAUCUGCUCCCUGUCCUCCUGCUCGUCCUCCUCCUCCACCAUGGGACCCGGCAUCUCGUCCAUGGCCAACUCCUCCUCAGACGGCCGCAGCUACGGCCUCAUGCCGUGGUCCGACUCGGACCUGGGGGGAGCGGUGGGCGAGACUAUCCCCUCCCUCUCGGAGCUGCUCCGCGGGGGCCGGCACGACGACCUGGACGGCAUGAACGGGAACGGCGGCAUUGGGAACGGCGGGAACUUGGACCUGACGGGCAGCUUGGACGGCAUUCCAAGCCGGAUCGGCGAGGCCAUGAAGUUCGAGCUGGACGACGACUUUGAGGAGGAGCUGGGGCCGUUUCUGUGCGACCUGGGGCCCCGGGGCCCCACGGCCAUGGCAGCGUGCGGUGGGGGCCCCACACCAUGCGGCCUGAAGCAGGAGAUGAGGGGCAGACCCGGCUGCAGCCACAGCCAGGGACACUACAGAGAACACCGCCACGUGGAGCAGGAGGAGGUGUAUCCUGGGUCCGGAGUGCUGUGUGACGGACGGGCACUGCGACGGGCCAAUCAGAGCGCGACGCCCACAGCGAUGGUGCGGAACCUUCUGGUGGGCGUGUUCGACAAGCAGACACUGUUGCAUAGCAACCUGAGAGGCGGCAGCAGCAAGACCUCCCCCUUCCACAACCACCACGCCCCCUUGGACCCAGUCAAGCUCAACGCUAUAUAUGAUGCCGUGCUGGCGCGGUUUCCCUCGGUGCGGCGGGCCCAGAUUGGCAUCAGCAUCAACUCCAAGCUGUCCGAGAUCCGCUUCUACACCCGACGCGCCACGGGCGAGAGGAGCCGCCAGUGACGGUGGAGGAGAGGAGGAGAGGAGGAAUGGAUGGGGGAAGAGAGAAAGAGACAGAGAGGUGGGGGGCAGAGCGAGAGAGGUGGGGAACAGAGAAUAGCCACAAAUGAUGAACGAGAGAGAGACAGAGGG